ACAAAUAAAUAAUGAUACUGUAUUAACCAUAAACAAAAAAAAAAAGAAAAAAAUUUAAUAAUAUUUGAGAUAAUCAGAUUUAGAUUCUCAUCAUCAUCUUCUUCUUCACAAUUUUUUUUUCCAGAUCUUUAUAAAUCAAAUCCAGAAUACAUAUAAUCAUACUGACAGUACAAAAUUAACAAAAAAGAGAAGAAGAAAAAAAAAGAAGAAAAGGACAAAAUGGAUUUUAAAGAAAAAAAGGAUAAAAAAUUGGAUUCAAGAAAAUCCAUGACAGAUACAACACCACUUCUUGACUCUACACAUCAAAACCAGCGCCAUAGCUAUUACCGUUUUAAUUCUUUUCCAAUUUCUAACUCUUUUGCUGUGGAAAUGACAACUAAUAUCCUUCCUAGGCAGCUUCGUUCAGUGUUUCUUGGUGUGGAUGUUGGUACUGGCAGUGCUCGAGCAGGUCUCUUUAAUGAGGACGGGAAGCUUCUAGGUUCUGCUAGUAGUCCAAUACAGAUAUGGAAAGACGGUGACUGUGUUGAGCAAUCUUCAACUGAUAUUUGGUUAGCGAUCUGCACUGCUGUAAAAACGGCAUGUGACCUCGGCAGUGUUUCCAAGGAAGAAGUUAAGGGACUGGGGUUCGCUGCUACUUGUUCUCUUGUUGCUGUCGAUUCUGAGGGUGAACCUGUCACGGUUUCAUGGAGUGGUGAUACUAGAAGAAACAUCAUAGUGUGGAUGGACCAUAGAGCUGUAAAACAAACUGAGAGGAUCAACGCCUCUAAUUCACCUGUACUACAGUAUUGUGGUGGAGGUGUAUCCCCCGAGAUGGAGCCACCAAAGCUCUUGUGGGUGAAGGAAAAUCUCCAAGAAUCCUGGUCGAUGGUAUUUAGGUGGAUGGAUCUAAGUGAUUGGUUAACAUACAAAGCAACAGGAGAUGACACGAGGAGUUUAUGCACCACUGUAUGCAAAUGGACAUAUCUAGGCCAUGCGCACAUGCAGCAGAUAAAUGAGAAAGAUUCCUGUGCUAUGGAAUCUUGUGGAUGGGAUGAUGGAUUCUGGGAGGAGAUUGGCUUAGGUGAUCUUGUUGAUGGGCAUCAUGCUAAGAUAGGGCGAAGUGUAGCAUUCCCCGGUCAUGCAUUGGGUUCAGGUUUAACACCACAUGCUGCAAAGGAAUUGGGUUUGAUGGCAGGGACACCAGUAGGUACUGCUCUGAUAGAUGCUCAUGCUGGUGGUGUUGGUGUAAUGGAAAGUGUGCUUGCAUCAGAUUCUGAAUCUAUAGUUGAUGAGGAUGCUAUAAGUAGGCGUAUGGUACUUGUAUGUGGUACUUCCACAUGCCACAUGGCUGUAUCCCGGACAAAAUUAUUCAUACCUGGAGUCUGGGGACCUUUCUGGUCAGCGAUGGUGCCCGAGUACUGGCUUACUGAAGGAGGACAGAGUGCUACUGGUUCGUUGCUAGACCAUAUAAUUGAGAAUCAUGUUGCAUCUCCUCAUCUUGCAAAUCGUGCUGCAUCUCGAAGAAUCUCAAUAUUUGACUUGUUGAAUGAGAUACUGGAAUCAAUGAAGCAAGACGAGGGGUCGCCAUUUAUAGCUGCAUUGACUAAUGAUAUGCAUAUUCUCCCUGAUUUUCAUGGCAACAGGUCCCCUAUUGCAGAUCCAAAGUCAAAAGGUAUGAUUUCUGGUUUAACACUUGACACUAGUGAAAAGCAGGUGGCACUUCUUUACCUUGCCACAGUACAAGGCAUUGCAUAUGGAACCCGCCAUAUAGUAGAGCAUUGCAAUGCUAAUGGACACAAGAUUGACACACUACUUGCCUGUGGUGGACUUGCAAAGAAUCGCCUAUUUGUUCAAGAGCAUGCGGAUAUUAUUGGUUACCCUAUCAUUCUCCCUCGCGAAAAUGAAUCUGUGCUAUUGGGGUCUGCUAUUCUUGGUGCUGUUGCGUCAAAGAAAUAUCAUACUGUUCGUGACGCCAUGAAGGCAAUGAAUGCAGCUGGUCAGGUUGUUCAUCCGUCUCAAGACGUGAAAGUGAAGAAGUACCACGAUGCCAAAUACAGCAUCUUCCGCGACCUUUAUGAACAGCAACAGAAGCAUCGCUCACUUAUGGCCGAGGCUCUGUCAUGAAGUCUUUUCCUUCAUUGUUGUCGCGCCUUUUGGUAUACGGAUUACUACAAACCAUGUCAUCCAGGAACGAAGGAAAACGCGAUACCAGUUCCCAGUCCCCCUCCUCUUCCUCCUGCAUUUCUUUGAACCACAUUAUGUAGUGUAUAAGAAGUCAUUUGAAAAUGUUCACCUAUUCAACUAUUAUCACAUGUACAGUUGAAUUUUGUUUGACUUGUUCAUGUCAUAUGAAAACUU